CAACAGGUCCUGUAGCACCCAGAAAGAUUGAGGGCUUGUCCUACAUCAAAUAAUAAAUAAAUAAAUCAAUUCCACGAAGGAGUUCCCAGCGUCGCAAGGAUAAUCGGCAUCUGCCAUCCGCUUCCAGAAGAAUCGAGAGAUCAGCAUCAGAAAUGAAGUGCAGCACUUGUCUACUGACCCUGACCAUCACCGUCCUGGUGGUGUUCCCUGGAAUCCAGGGGAUGCCCCCGGCCCAGUGCAGUCCAGGUCUUCUGGACGAGGUACCACCGAGGAUUCGCAAAGUCUGUGUCGCCCUCUCGACCAUCUACGAACUCGGUUCAGCCAUGGAGAACUACAUUGAUGAUAAAGUUCCAGUUAUUCACGAGAACAUACCGCUUCCAGACAGUGGAGUAAAACGUCAGGAUGUGGAUCAUGUAUUCCUUCGCUUUGGCAGACGACGCUAAAUUAACA